GCGCACUUUACACAUCACUGUCCAUGUAGCCGGAGCGUCCACUGUGAGCGCGGAUUACAAUGAAAUGAAAACUGGGGAUUUCUAGAUGACAGUCUCCCCACACGUAAAAAAAAGAAGAAGAACAGAGCAGGGAGGAGAAGCUAGAUUCUUGUGUAAAAAUGUUGCGAUUGAUGGUAGUUAUCCCAAGAUAUCAUGGCGUCACAAGAAGCUGAAAUGCGCUGAAUUUAAAUAAGUAAACGUGCGUUCAGGGAACAAACAGGUGGCACUUUUCCUAUUUGCUUUUACAGCCUUUUUAUUUUUUAUUUUUUUGCUCUUGCUUCCGCGUCAGCUUUCUAGCUGAAUGUUUUUUUUUAUAUCAGUGGAUAUGCGUUUUGAAAAGAUGAAGUGCUCUGUUCUGAUGUCCCAGAGGAAAAGCAGCAAGGAGACAAACUGCAAUUCAUAAACUUUCCAGAGGAGCGCGGUGAAAAGUCAAAACUAGCAAAAAGCCGCUUCAGAGUGGACACAAGCUCCGAUGAAUGGACAGCAGGAUGUUUUCUGGUCAGGCUGGUCUGAAUUACAGCUUCAACCUGAGCGAUGACCAGGAUCUGGAGGACGCACCUGCGGGCAGAGGGAAGCUCUCCCCGGCGGGCUUCGUGGCGCUGUCCGUGGUGCUGGGCUUUAUCAUGACUUUCGGCUUCCUCAACAACUUUGUCGUGCUGCUGCUGUUCUGCAAAUUCAAGAAGCUGCGGACGCCGGUGAACAUGCUGCUGCUGAACAUCAGCGUGAGCGACAUGCUGGUGUGUUUGUUCGGCACCACGCUCAGCUUCGCCUCCAGUGUCCGCGGGAAGUGGCUGCUGGGGCGCAGCGGCUGCAGCUGGUACGGCUUCAUCAACUCCUGCUUCGGUAUUGUUUCGCUGAUCUCUCUGGUCAUCCUCUCCUACGACCGCUACAGCACUCUGACUGUUUACAACAAGCGCGGGCCGAACUACCGUAAGCCCCUGUUGGCCGUCGGUGGCUCCUGGCUGUACUCUUUGUUCUGGACUGUGCCCCCUUUGCUGGGCUGGAGCAGCUAUGGCAUCGAGGGGGCGGGAACCAGCUGCUCGGUAUCCUGGACGGUUCGGACGGCUCAGUCGCACGCCUACAUCAUCUGCCUCUUCAUCUUCUGCCUGGGGAUACCGGUGCUGGUGAUGAUCUAUUGCUACAGCAGGCUACUAUGGGCAGUCAAACAGGUUGGUAAGAUCAGAAAGACGGCCGCCCGGAAGAGAGAGUACCACAUCCUGUUCAUGGUUCUGACCACAGCCGCGUGCUACCUGCUGUGCUGGAUGCCUUACGGCGUCGUGGCAAUGAUGGCAACGUUCGGCCCGCCGAGCAUCAUCAGCCCCGUGGCCAGUGUGGUGCCUUCCCUGCUGGCCAAGAGCAGCACCGUCAUCAACCCGCUCAUCUACAUCCUCAUGAACAAACAGUUCUACAGGUGCUUCCUGAUACUGUUUCACUGUGAUCACUGGUCAGCAGAGAACGGCAACAUCUCCAUGCCCUCCAAGACCACCGUGAUUCAACUGAACCGCAGGGUGUACAGCAACACGGUGGCGUGCACCGCCCAGAUCUCCACAGACGCUCUCAACCAGUUCAGCAGCACCCCCAACACCAAGCACACAAACCCCCCUGAGGUCCAGAACUGAGCCGGGGGUUAAACUCCAACAUGACCAGGCAGGAAAAAACAGUCAGUUUGACUCCUACACUUUGCAAUGUGAACUACUGGAGAAAGUGGACUAAAUUACAACGUGUGCUUACAGUAAAUGUACAGUAUGUGUGUAAGCUUGUGUUUGUACAGAAUGUUUUUUUUCAGUGUCUAUUUAUCCAUUUUUGGUUCGAAAAGUACAAGACACAGAUGUACUAAAAUUAUUUUUUUAAACACUAUAUGGCCAAAGGUGUGAGUAAAACUGAAUAUAAGAGUCUGUCCUUGACUCUGAACAUUUUAAUGUUGAUAACAGCCUCCAAAUCUCCAAAUCCAAGGGAAUCUUUCCACAUGGUUUUGGAGAUUUGGGCUUUAGAGAUUUAGCUCCCAUUAAGCCACAAUGUGAAGCCGAGCCCUGAUAUUUGGCGAUAAGGCCUCUCUUUCAACUGGCUUCCACUUUAUCCCAAAAAGGUGUUUGAAGGGUUUAUUCUAAGCUUCUGUCCAGACCAGUCCAGUGCUUAAGUGGAAAACAGUUUGAAACUUGAAAACCAUGUAUUUGUGGGUCUUACUUUGUGCAAAAAAUGUACUACAAUGUUAAAAGAAGCUACACAAAACUUUUGCCUGUUUGUGUCUGGAAUCUAUUUCUCUUAUUUUGUUUUAUGAGGAGGCCCUGUUUUUAAAGUACAGAAUGGAGAAAUCUACUUUUGGUCAUAUAAUGUCACUCAAUUUACUCAUACUUUCCUUUUAUUAUGAUUUUUUAUAGCAGAGUAAUGAUAAGUUUGUAUAAUUUUUGUGAACACACCCGUCAGUGUCAUCACCAACAAAGCACAAUUUAUCUCGUUAGAAUUACAAUCAAGGUUUUUAAUGUUUGAGAAAUUAUAUUUACAAAGAAGUUUUAUGAAUUUCCUAAUUCGCCAAAACUCCUUCAGUUUUUCCAAAAUUGUAAUACUUCAAUAACCUUCCAACAUAUAUAUAUAUAUAUAUAUAUAUAUAUAUAUAUUUUGUUGGCAGAAUUUGGUCUGGAAAUCUACGUCCUGUUUCGGUCUUUUCAACCAUAUUUUCUACAACACGGAAAAAACCCAGUGCCUACUUUCUGUAGCUGUUCACUCACUGUGUCAUUGUGCUGCUGUAAAUGCCUACACUGGAUAAUCAUCUGUGCUUCUUCAAUCAGUGUGUAAGUGGUUUGAUGUGCUCAUGAUUCAAACUUUGUCUUUUUUCCCUCCAACAUCUGCGCCUCUCUGUCUAUAAAUGUCUCACAACUUUCAACUUGUAUAUACUUACAAACUCUAUACUUUUGGUCUGUGAUAUUGCAUGAUUUUGUUGCACGACUCAAUCAACUAAUAACACCUCGAUUUGAUGCAAGAGUCAUGUUUUCGGACUGUGGGACGCAUGGAGCAGUUUGGCUACAAUGGGUUAUGAGAAAAGGUAAAAGAUGCCAAAUGGCUCAUAUUUCAACUUGUAGUUUCCCCAACACCUGGAGGGAAUGAAAUCUGUGAUGUUUGACUAUGAGAUGCACAAAAGAAAAUGGAUGAGUCACAAAGACAUUCUGUAAUGGCUGGAGAGACGGCAUAAAAAAUUGUAAGGGGAUAUAAAAAAAGCUUUCUGAACACAUCUGCAUGACUUUGUCACGAACAAGGCCACCUGUGGUUUCAGAGUGCCUCUCCACCUGUUCCACAGCUUUUCAAGACCAGGAAUAAGGAGAGGAUGCAACAUUCACAAACGAAUUGUAAAGCAAUCAAGUGAUUUACUCGGACUGGGCUCCCUUAAGUCGAGAUGUCUUGCUGUUAAAACAGCGCUGGCUGACACUCUCACUGCAGGGUGGUGAUGAGGCUAAGUCAAGUGACUGUUAAGACAAUCUGACUUUAAGCUCAUCUGGAAGCUGAGUGGAGUCUGCUCCAGCAGUUAAUGGAUGCUAAAAAACCCCUGAGCUGACUCUUAAGCAACAAGUCGUCAUUUCAUCGUGUAAUACUGUUGGUUUACUCUGUUUUAAUAAAUGUCAUUGCUGUGGAAAUA